ACGGGUCCCCAGAGCUGCCCUGCACCCCCAUUUUGCGUGGGGUCGGGGUCCCUGAGGGCCAUGCCCUCCUCCCUCUGCGGGGCGGUGCGGUGCGGGGCCGGUCCCCCGCCCUGAGCGAGCUCCGUUCCCGUUCCAGGCGUUCAUUCCCGGUCAUGGAGCCCAGGCAGGCGGACGUGUCCAUCCCACUGCAGUCCUCCGGGUGGGGGGCGGCCGCCCCCGGCCCCCGCUCCGAGCAGCAGCCCCGGGACUACGUGCUCUGGUCGGUGUUCAAUGUGCUGCUGUGGUGCACGCUGGCCGGGCUGGGCUGCUGCGGCUUCCCCGGGCUCGUCUACUCCGUCAAGGCCCGUGACUGUAAGCUGACGGGGGACCUGGAGGGUGCGCGGCGCCACAGCCACCGCGCCAGGGUGGCGAACAUCGUCUGCUCCGUGGCCGUCGCCGUCGUCUGGGUGAUCUUCAUCGUCAUCGCCGCCGUGGUCAUGUCCAGAUUCAGGGACACCUGACCAGCGCCUGGCCCCACCCGCGGGGUGCUCCCGCCCCCCCUCCUGCCUCCAAAAUGUGCCCGCUCGGGGCGCGGGGGCGAAGGGAGUUGACCCCGGUCCCCUCGCUGCCCGCAGCGCCGCUGUCCCAGCACGGCCGCGGGAGGGGACGGGGCGGCCAGGCUGGGGCGUGGGGGACAGGGGACAGCCCCCCACCCUGCCCCCGCUUUGCUCUGCUCACACGCUUCCCGGCACCUGUGACACACCUGUCGGUCACCGCUGCCACCAAUGAAGUUCGUCCCGCCAAACGCCCUCGCUGUCACCUCAUUCACCGCGGGACAUCGCAGAGAGUCCUCGGGCAUCUUUGCGGCGUCCUCUUCCUCCUCUUCCUCCUGCUCCUCUCCCUGCCUCCAUCCUGCCGCGGAGCAGAGAGCUUCCAGCCCAAAUCCCAGGGAAGUAUCUUCCCAACAUCUUGGAUGUUAUAGAUGCAUACUAUAAUAUUGGCUUUUCGCAAAUAUUAAAAGAUUUUAUAUGCUUAGAUUUUA